UUUUCAGAUAAACGCACAAAUAAAGUAGUCCCGGCAGGUUUUGAGCACAUUGUUGUAGACUCUACAGUCAGACUAUAGCACAUGUUGGUGUCAAUCUGAAAACCUCCAUUUGCAUUUGAGCAUCAGACGAGGGGCCGGAUGAAAAAGUGUCUUGAUUUUAAAUUGCAAUACCUAGUUCAACCACUGGGUGUCAAUCUUACAUACUGCACCAAUAAUUAUUUCUUACACACAUUUCUUAUUUCCUCUGUUUUAGCCAUGGAUUUGCUCCUCGGAGGUGAUCAUCAGAACAGCUCAUCUGAGUUUCCUGUAAACGCCAGUGUCGUCCAACAGGGGGAGACAUACCUGAAGAAGCUUGCACACCUUGAUGAAUCCCUAUACCAGGAGUUUUACACCCUGUGGGUCUUGCUGAUGGUGGUCAACACGCUCAUGUUUGUGGUCGGAGUGGUGCUCAACAGCCUGGCGCUCUACGUUUUCUGCCAGCACAGUCGUUCCCGAUUAACCCCAGCCAUUUAUACUAUAAACCUAGCAGUAGCCGACCUGCUGGUGGCGCUGUCGCUCCCUGCACGCAUCGCACUUUAUCACAGCGGAGGCGACUGCGUGGCGUGUUUCUACAUGCACACUUUUAGCUACUUCGUGAAUAUGUAUUGCAGCAUCCUAUUUCUGACUAGCAUCUGCGUGGAUCGCUAUAUGGCGGUGGUGCGAUCGUCGGGCAGUCGUUGGCGCAGUCCGGCGGUGGCGAAAAUCGUUAGCAUAUGUGUGUGGCUUUUCGCAGUUGUCGUCACGUACUCUCUGCAGACUUCAGCUUUGGAGUUUCACCGAGCGUCCUGCUGUCGAGUCGCUGUAUUAUUCGCCCUCACCGUUUUGGAGUUCGUCCUGCCGCUACUAGUAAUCGUAGCAUUUACGAUUCGAGUAGCAUGUGCGCUAGCAGAUGGAAAGCUAAUGCCGCAGAGCUGGGGUCGCCGAGCACGUGCUGUUCGAUUGCUGGUUGCAGUCCUGCUAGUUUUCACCGUGUGUUUUACGCCGUAUCAUGUGCGCGAGGCGGUGGUGUAUUUCCAGCUAGGGGGCAGCAGAGAGCAGCAUGUGGUGGCGUAUCAUGUAACCAUCACGCUCAGCAGUCUCAACAGCUGCCUGGAUCCUGUGGUUUACUGUUUUGUGCCGGAUAGCUAUCGCUCUGCGCUGAGGAAAGAGCAGAAGAGGAGAUCUGGAGGGCAUGCGGUGGCGAUUAAAGGAAACAGGAGCAGAAAAGCUGCCGAUAAAGCCAUCGCUUACAGUGUCACAACUCUUACUCUCACACCCUGCAUACUGCCGAGCAGAGACAUCACAGCCUGAGAUUAAACACACAGAGACGUGGAUAUCUGAAAUAUCAGAUGUGUAUCAAAGAAAUAAGAAGCAGCUGUAUGCACUGUGUUUUAAGCUACAUCUAUUGUGUUAGCUAGCUUCAAGAAAUGACUGAAGACAAGUCUGCACAUCAAAAACCAAAACGUUUUAGGCAUGAAUACUUUUAUGUGCCUUUUUCUUCCACUCCGUGCUUGGUCUAGUCUGAUCAUGUGAUCUAAAUUAUUACAUGACUUCUUAAAUUCCAUUUCCCAUUUUACAUUAGACGCGUUCGACUUCA